AUGCCUUCCAAAACGCCAAUUGAAGUAAAGAGAAAGCCCACUGCAUUUGCGAGUAUCCUCAAGGCGAGGAAGAAGCGAAAAUUAUCCCACACCCGAGCGACUACUUAUUCCACACCCGAUUCGCUACCAUGGCGUACGGCUUCGCGUCCGCUUGAAUCUGGGUUCGACGGGGACGAUGGGAUUCUUGGUUUGGAAGAAGUGGAAGGAGUUGAAGUGGUUUAUGAAGAGACUGCUGACGGCGGCAGAGUAGCCCGAUUUAAUGUGUUUAAUGAACCAGAGGAUAUUGACGAAGCUGGGAUAGAGGAAGAUGCGACCUCUAGAUCAGAUGCUAAGCUACCAACUCAGGAGCCGACGCCUGAACCAGUCUGUGAGGAGCGACCAGAUAUUCCGGAAGAAAUCGUUGAACUACCUGAAUGGUCGAACGUCGAACUCCAUCCGUCACUUCUACGAUUCCUCCAUGCCAGACAUUUUGUUUCGCCUACACCGAUCCAAGCGGCAGCUAUACCAUUUGCAAUUUCAGGACGAGAUGUAAUAGGUGUAGCGGAAACGGGGUCUGGCAAGACUUUGGCGUAUGGGCUCCCCAUUCUCCAUAGUAUAAUAACGGAGAAACUGAACGCCCGAAAACUCGAGACCUCAAGGCGGAGGACUCUUCGUGCUUUAGUUCUCGCGCCGACGAGGGAGUUGGCCCUGCAAGUAUCUUCACAUCUGAGUGCUUGUACGAACCCUCUUUGUGACGAGUCAGGCAAAGCCGAUGGCCCAAGCAAAGUUAGUAAAUCCCCGCCGUUGGUCAGCAUUGCGGCCAUCGUUGGUGGGAUGUCCGCGCAGAAACAGCGUCGCAUCUUGGAUCGCGGCCUAGACAUACUAGUUGCAACCCCAGGUCGCUUGUGGGACAUUAUCCAAGAAGAUGAAUCCUUAGCUCAGGAGAUUAAAGCCAUCAAGUUCCUUGUUCUAGAUGAAGCUGAUAGGAUGAUCGAACAUGGCCAUUUCGCUGAAUUGGACAAUAUCCUCAGGCUGACGCUAAGAGAGACGCAAGAGGAUCAGAUUGAUGCCCAAUUCAAUGAUGAUCCUGAAGCCGCAGCUGAGAACGAAGAUAACCAACAUGGGGCUAGAACAGAUGGCAUGCAAACAUUCGUGUUCUCAGCCACUCUCAGCAAGGACCUUCAAAGAAACCUGAAGAAAAGGCAGAAGCACUUCAAGAAUACCAGUAGGCGCAAGAAACAAGAACCCGCGUCUACGUUAGAUGAUCUUCUGAUGCGACUGGACUUCCGCGACUCCAAUCCCGAAGUCAUUGAUCUGAGUCCCGAAGGUGGCGUUGUUAGCACACUGCGUGAAAGCAAAAUCGAAUGUCUAGCCUCCGACAAGGAUGUGUACCUUUACUACUUCCUUUUGCGAUAUCCAGGUCGUUCGCUGGUCUUCCUUUCGUCUAUUGACGGCAUCCGCCGCCUCAUGCCUCUGCUCGAGACUCUCGAAAUUAAAGCUCUAGCGUUGCAUUCGCAGAUGGAGCAAAGAGCUAGGUUAAAGAAUUUAGAUAGGUUCAAGACAACACCCAAUGCAGUUCUGCUCGCCACGGAUAUAGCUGCGCGAGGCCUUGAUAUCCCCGCAGUCGACCACGUUAUACACUUCCAAAUCCCCAGAACGGCUGAUACGUAUGUUCACCGUAACGGCAGGACUGCCCGAGCGAAGAUGGAGGGUGUCAGCUUGUUGUUAUGCGCCCCGGAGGAGAGGAAAGUUGUCCGAGCUUUAUUGGGUAGUUUGAACCGAGACGAAUCAUCCAUUCCGGAGUUGACGCUCGAACUCACCAUUCUCGACAAACUGAAGGCUCGUGUGCAACUCGCGAAGAAGAUUGAAUCAGCACACCACAAGGCCACCAAAGAAAAUCAUGAUCGGAAAUGGCUCAAGGAGACUGCAGAUGCCAUGGAGAUUGAACUCGAUGAAGAUAUGUUCGAUUCGGACGCGGAAGAUCAACGUACUCAGAACUCAAAACGCGCGCGUAAAGUCCAGCAUGCGAAAAUUGUCGGUCUCAAGUCCGAGCUAAAACGUAUGCUAGCGCAGCCUCUACUGGCUACCGGUGUAUCUGCGAGGUACAUAACGUCAGGAAGUCGGCCCAUCGUAGACGAUUUACUCGCUGGCGAAUCGAACGCUGCAUUAGUCGGCUUGAAAAAUAUAGCUGCUGGUAGGGAUAUUGAUACCACGGUAGCUCGGAAAGCCUCGCGCAAAGGGGCGAAAGGGGAUUCUAAGCGCAAAGAGGCCGAAUACGAAGAAUGGGCCGGGGUAUCUGUUGACUGA